AUGGAUGAUGCUUCAGUGAUUGUUCCAAACCAAAAAGACGUUUACGUUGUCCAAAACAGUUUGGCAAACGGAAAGUCUAUUGACACAUUUCUUCAGAAAUUCAAUGCAAAUUUUACCUUUGAAAAGUUGAUGAAGAAUUCAAAAUCGUGUUACUGUUUAUUACCAGUUACUAAAUACUACACGUGUUUGACAUGCUCUGAGGGAUCUGUGAAAUAUUGUAAAGACUGCUUUGAUUUCGAAUUUCAUCAAAAACACCGAAUACAAGAAGUGGAGAGAACGUGCAUGUGCCAAUGUGGUAUGUUUUAUAAAGGAGAAUUUCGGUGCUGUCAACGCCACAAUAAGAUUGAAGACUUUAUCCUAACAAAAGAUCGAAACAAAGAGGCACAAGACAUGUUAGAAAACACUAAAUUGGUUGCAUACACUUUGAGGUUUAUCAACAAAUCAAUGUUCAGAGUCUGCAAUACCGAUUUCGAAGUAUUUGUAAAAGAACUUGGGAAAUUAUUUGGUAUUUCUAAAAUAUGGUACUUUAUCGGGAAGGUGAUAUUUAAAGAGAAAAAAUGCCCUUUUGAACCACUGUUCAAUAAACACUUGACAUUCACAAAAACACAAGUUCAGGUGAUUAGUUACUUCAUUUUUCUGCCAUUGUUAUACCACCCAGACUCAUCACCAUUACUCCAGUUGGUCUCAAAAUGUGAUGUGUUUAAGAAUGUGUUGUACGAGUUAUACGCAACAAUCCCUUUUGACACAACGAUCUACACCGACUUCAGAAGCGACAAAAUGACGUUUUUCAAAAUACUCAUUGAUACUCUUAAAGUUAUUAUUAACCCAUCACUACAUAAUAUCCCACAUCCAAGUCUCAAAGUCGCGUUACUUCGGUGCACUAACGUGUUUUAUGUAAUUGAAAAUGAAUUGCAAUGGUUCAGUAAAGAAACCAAUUUGUUCAAUUUUUUGCUCAACACACUGCUUAUUGUAUUCAACAUGAACGUUGCGUUUAGAAAAGGACAAUACAGCUCUUGUGUUAACUUUUUUGAACAUGUUAUCGAUUCUGUUGACCCAAAGACUUUGCAAUUAUUUUUGAAACAAAUUCAGACUAUACCAAAAGCAGCCGUCAACACCUUUCUCCCAUCGCUCUUUAAAGUACAAAACAUCCCCGUACUACUCGAAUAUUCAUAUUUAAUACCCGUACCGCUUUCACUCAAUAUUCGUUCAUUCGAUGUUAUAUAUUCAUUCACUCCAAUUCUAAAAAACAAUGUGAAAGAUCCAUUCACCUGUUUACCACCUCCACUUGAAAUUCCACACAAGGGAAUUAUCAUAGAAAUUUCGUCAAUCAUCGCAUUUCACAAUUUGUGGAAAAAGACGGAGAAGUGCGAUGUCUUCGAUGUCGUAAAAAAACUCCAAACAAACAGAAAUGAGAUUGUCCUCUUUGUGUGGCUAUUGAACUACAAUCCACAUAUUAUAAAACAUUAUUUGGAGCACAUCACGUUCCUCCGAAAAUACGAGACAGAACACCCAACGCAACUUGUUAUGCAAAAAAUGCUCAUUGCCAUGUUCAAUGACUACGCUAAAACUCCAUUUCUCUGUAAUCCAUUUCUCCCACUUGCCCCUUCUAUUUCUCUUCCGUUCUCACUUUUCAUUCGGAAAAAUGCGCACUUGCAGACAGAUAGAUUGUUGAACGAUUUUUACACUGCUCCAAAUUUUCUGGGAGACCAAAGACUUACACAAGUGAUGGCAAACUCGUCGCACUACCAUUUUGUACUGAACAUCGUUUGGCUUAGAAUCGACAAGAAAGUGCACAUCGAAAAUGACCAAUUUAUUGAGCCACUUGUGGCGCACAUGGCUGAGUAUGCCGGGCUUAACCCCGUCUUCAAGAAGGACGUCAUAUACGCAAUGAUGCUUUAUGAGAAGGUCACGCCUGGCACACAGCUCCUCCUCUCGAACCACAAAGCUUCUUUUCAACACUAA